AUGAUUUCAGGAGUCGAAUUUGAUUCAGAUGAAAGAAUGUUUGAUGGAACGCUCGAUUGUUCAGCGUCCAAAGUUGGCCAUGGAAGCAUUCUACUUACAUUUGGCUCAGAAAUUUCGCUGGAUGGAUGUGAUUUUAAUCCAGGAAAGAUUUUAUCGAGGAAUAUUAAAGAAGUAGCUUUUAAAGCAUGCUUCUUUUCUAUAUCCCAAACUAUAGCCCCUUUGUUAUUAUUUAAAUAUGAAAGGAAAAUAGCACGACGUGCCCUUGGUUUCAACUUCGAAGAUGGUCCUGGAGCUUCGAGUGAUUUAACACCCGUAGCAUCAAGCUUUUCGUGUGAAUACGACACAACUGGCUUUAAAUCUCGAGAUGAGAUCUCACGAGUAGAUGACUCGCUUCGAGGAUUCUUAAGACGUGAUGAAGAACCCGGAGUAAGACCAGAAGACGAAGGCGGUAGUUUUUCACCGGUAGUUGAUGUGGGAUUAGCCAUGACUAGAUUCUGA